AUGCCUCGAAUUCCUACUGAAACCCAAAUCAUUAAUAUUAGCGGCGAUUAUAAGCAAUGGUUUGGAGUUUUAAAGCAAAAACUAAUCGCUGCUAAAGAAGAGGACAAUCCGACGGACAAUAUAUGGCUAAUCGCUUCCGACUCAUCCCUUAAUGGGAUCAUAGGUUUAGUCAAUUGUCUCCGAUUUGAACCGGGAGGGGAUAGACUGCGAUAUAUUUUCAAUUGCGAGGGCACUGGUAACCAAACUAACAUAGACUUUAAUGUCAGCCCAUAUAGCGAUAUAUUGGGCAACAAUUUAAUGGCAAAUGUCGUGAAAGAGGGAAAAGUGGGAACUUAUAGACAUUUAAGACUUGCGGAUAAUUACGACAAAACUGUUUCCAAUGAAUAUUAUCUCAAUUUGGGCCAAACCAGAGUUGAAGGUCGUCUUCCAAUUGACAGUUCAUUGACUGACUGUCCCAUUGGUUUCGAGUUCGCCGGCAGGAGAAGCGAUACGGGAGAGAGGGUUAUGGGAAUGGAUGUCAGGAAUCGGUGUUUCUCGACAUCCAUUUACGCCGCAGAGCCCUAUAUGACUGCCAUUCCCGAGCACUGGUCUAUGGACGACGCCGUCUCCAUACUUAACACUUAUAUGACUUUGUAUUACGGACUCAUUGAAAGAGCACAAUUGCAACAAGGUGAAAGUGUUUUGAUUCAUUCGGGAGCGGGAGGUGUGGGUCAGGCGGCUCUCAAUAUUUGCCAAUAUUUCGGGUGCGAUAUAUACGUUACGGUCGGCACUGAAGAUAAGAUAACUUUUCUGAAGAAUGAGUGCAAUAUUCCGGAGAACAGAAUAUUCAACUCAAGAGAUAUUCUCUUUAAGGAUGAGAUAAUGAGAAUAACUGAUGGAAAAGGUGUUGAUAUUGUUAUCAACUCAUUAUCGGGUGAGAAAUUGGAUGCAACCUAUGAGUGUGUAGGUGACCAUGGUCGUAUUGUAGAGAUUGUUUUCAAGCCUGAAGAGGCAGUUAAGGCUUUCUAUAGUAUGACAACCGGUAAACACAUCGGAAGACUAAUCAUUAAAUUCAGAGACGAAGAGACCGUCAGAACACCUCUUCUGGCAAUGAAUGGGACGAUGAAAAUGAGGACAACUGUUAAGACUUUCUUCGAUCCAAACAAAGNUAUCAAAACAACAGUUUUCAAGCCUGAAGAGGCAGUUAAGGCUUUCCAUAGUAUGACAACCGGUAAACACAUCGGAAGACUAAUCAUUAAAUUCAGAGACGAAGAGACCGUCAGAACACCUCUUCUGGCAAUGAAUGGGACGAUGAAAAUGAGGACAACUGUUAAGACUUUCUUCGAUCCAAACAAAGCCUAUAUAAUAACCGGAGGUUUGGGAGGCUUUGGACUCGAGCUCAUCCAAUGGAUGCACUACAGAGGGGGUCGAAAAUUUGUGGUCACUUCCAGGUCUGGGAUUAGGACUGAUUACCAGAAGUUUAUAAUCAAUCGUUUGAAAGAUGUUUACAAAAGUAAUAAAAAUCUUUCUCUCAAUUUGUUGGUCUCGACGGCCAAUGGGAUGACUAUUGAAGGCACACAACGACUGCUAAAUGAGGCCAAAGAGUUGGGACCCAUUGGAGGGGUAUUUCAUUUGGCACUCGCUUUGAAUAAUGAAUUGUUUGAAAGACACACUUUUGAAGACUUUUGCUCAACGGUUGACAUAAAACACAAGAUUUUCGCACAUUUGGAUCAACUGAGUCGACGGUUGGCCUACAAAUUGGAUUAUUUUGUGGUCUUCUCGUCGGUGUCAUGUGGUAAAGGAAAUGGAGGUCAGAGUAACUAUGGGUUUGGGAACUCUCUGUGCGAAAGGAUUUGCGAAGAGAGACGUAGGGAUGGUCUGCACGGACUGGCCGUACAGUACGGACCCAUUGGAGACGUAGGAGUGAUCGCUGGUGUGGAUCAGGGCAUAGGGUUUACAUCAAUGAGGAAACAACGGAUUCACUCGUGUUGUGAUAAUUUGGACAAAUUGCUGGCAAUUAAUACACCGAUUGUCACCUCUUAUAUUCGGGUCAAUAAGCAAACAAAAGAGGGAACUCCUCAACAAAACUUUCUAAGAAAUAUUUGGCGCGAUAUGAAUAUCGACCCAAAUGUCACCCCAAAUGACACCACUUUGGCUGACAUAGGGUUGGAGUCCAUGUUUUCCGUACAAUUACAGCACGAGUUGGAAAGAGAGUACAAAAUGAAUUUAACGGUACAUCACAUCAAAAGCUUAACCGUUGGUAUAUUAAAGGAAAGUGAAAAAACCAAAACUGACCUUGUUCAGCCUUACCUCAAUUCCCUGAGACAGUCCACGGAUUUCUUAUUGAAGUAUAACUUUAAUAUCUCUAAUGAGAAGACAAUUGCAUUAAACAAAUGCCAAACCGGGAAACGAUUGUAUAUUUUGCCGCCAUUUGAGCUCAACUUCACGGCAUGGGAGGAGUGGGCCCUUCAGACCAACCGACCGGUCAUUGGACUCAAUUGGACGCCUGAUGUGAGUCGACUGUCCACUCAGGAAGAGAUCACCAAAUAUUAUGUCAAUCUAUUGAAACAUUUGGAGCCAAUGGAUGGCACAUACGAAGUGAUCGGCCAUUUGGAUGGCGCCGUCAUUUGCACCCAAUUAGUGGUCAAAGGGAUGGCCGACAAAGCGGUGGCUAUCGAUGCCAUCAAUUAUAAGCACUUUUAUUGUGACAACAAAUUAAAUGACGAUUUCGUGUUGAAAUUUGUGAUUAAAUCGCUGUUAAAACAAAUCCCCGAUUCAUACGUCAAUAAAGUAAUGAAAGGUUUGAGAGAUAUGUCAGACAUUAAGACAAAGAUUGCGAUUAUUGGCAAAGAAUUGGUUGGUUUGGGCGGAAGAGGACUCGUGGCCACAGAUUUGACACACAUUUUGGAGAUAAUGUUUGCGAGAAUUGAAUGCCUUUUGGAGUAUAGACUCAAUACAAAGGCUAUGAAUUCAAACAAAUGGUCGCAAAACAGCACUAAAUUAGUUGUCAUUAAACCCAUUGAACACAAUCUGACUAAUGAUACAGAGGCUGAACACCGGGAUCAAUUGAAUGACAAUUGUUUCUUAUCAGAGCUAAUGUGUAUUUGCUUUGGGAAUAACAAUGACACCCCUCUGGACCUGGUAUUUGAGAGCUACCUGAGCGGCACUCACGUUAUGUUUCUUAGCAAUCUCAAUCAGUUUGGGAUCUGGAUAACGGGCCCCACCUAUGGGUGA